UUGUAUAUUUAAUUGCUUUCACGGUCCGAUACCAGAUACUUGACCACCGUUACUUAUUCUUUCACGAUCAUUUUUCUCGAUAUACCGAAUAACAGCCGUUUAUUCGUCACACAUGAAAAAAAUUCCAAAGUUACAAUUCUUUUCGUAAAUAUCAGCUGAAUUUUAAAUGGAAAAUCUUCUUUACGAGCUAUUUGAGAUAUGUAAAUAUACUGUUUAGUUAUAAAUAGAAAUAAAAGGGUGAAUAUAGUUGAUGGAAGGAGAGCCUUCCGGUGAGGAAAUAACAACACCAGUGACUGCUAUUGUAAACUUAACCUACAAAAAGAAUUUCCUCUCUGGAAGGUUUUCAACGGUCAAUAUGGAAAUGACAAAAUCAUAUGAUAUCUACGUGAAAGAACCAAGUAAUACCAACAUAUCCGGACAGAGAUGGCGGAUAAUAGCUUUUAUACUCGGAUUGUUGUCUAGUGGGUUAGCAAUAGCACUCAUCGUUGUCGUUAUAAAAAACGACAAAAAUAACAAGGUAGAAAAAAAUAACAAUCCAGAAAAAAAUGACAAGCUAGAAAUUGGAACAUGUGCAACCACUAGUGAAAAAUACGGAAAAAUAAACCUUGAACUAUCAGAUACUCCUUCUGUAUUCGUUCAUCUUACAAGAGCUGAAAUUGAAGGACUUGCAGCGUUUUUAUAUAAUCAACAAGAAUUGAAUCUCGUAGACUUUCAAGACGUUGACACAGACAAAAAAUUUAUUUUUUUAAGUGAUUUAUAUUUACCCGAGAAACAAGAUGUCUUAAAUUACCUUGAUAAGAAUGGAACGAAACCACCUAGAGAAGCUCAUGUUAUCAUAUUCAGAGGAAAUGAACAACCACCUUAUGUUCAGGAAAUCAUAGUUGGUCCACUACCAACGCCAAUAUACUACAAAUCCGUGCCAUUUAGGCCUCAGAAAAUCCAGUUCAUAUACCGCCCACCAUUUAUCGGAAAUGAAUAUCAAAACGUCUUGAAUUUCUUGAAAGAAAACAUUGAUCCUUUCCUUGGUUCUAUGUUUAUUGAUAUUUUUGGCGCACGACUUACAAAUUGUAAUGAUUCUUGUCUUAAUUUUGGUUAUGUUUCUCCUAUACUCUCUGGCGAAAACAAUAGAAAAAUGUGGGCGACAUUAAGUCAGAUGUCAGAGUAUUCGCUACACCGGCCAUUAGAUUUUUCUGUUCUUGUCGAUAUAGAUAUUAAGGUAUUUACUGUUGAAAAGAUUUGGUUCAAUAGUUCACUGUUUAAUAAUGUAACUGAAGUGUUAACAUUUUAUAACCAAAACAAAGAAACCAUUCCAAAAACUUCUUUCCCAGUAUAUAGCUCUGAAGAUUUUACUACGUUGAAUCAGCGAGGCAUUCCUCCAAUGGACCCCCCCCCCCCCCCCCCCCCGCUUAGAAACCCAAAGCAGUUUUCCCCUGAUGGUAAGCGAUACAAUAUUCAAGGACGUCAUGUUGAAUACAUGUUUUGGAAAUUUGAUUUUCGAAUGUCUACAAUAAAUGGACCGCAGUUGCAUGAUAUCCGAUUUAAGAACGAACGCAUUGCUUAUGAACUUAGUAUACAGGAAAUUUCUGUAUUUUAUUCUGGUUUUAAACCAAAUGAUAUUUUAGCACAGAUUCUGGAUAGCAUUACACUCAUAGGCUUGCAAUCAAAAGUCCUAUUUCCGGGUGUCGAUUGUCCUGAAGAUGUCACCCUUAUUGGCUCUAGUUUCCAUGUAGGAGGUGUAAGUGCAUAUGAAUUAACGACCUCGUUUUGUCUGUUUGAAUUGAAUACAGGUGUGCCAUAUAGGAGGCAUCAUUCUUACUCAUUUGAUAACGGAAGAUUUUACGAAGGAAUGGAGAGUGUAGUUCUUGUCUUAAGGACCAUUCCUACAAUCAGCAAUUAUGACUAUAUAAUAGAUUUCAUUUUCUAUCCUAAUGGAGCGUAAGAAGUCAAGGUGACGAGCACUGGUUAUGUAAGAGCGUUAUUCUAUACAAAAGAUGAUGAAAAAUAUACAUUCAAGUUACAUGAUAAUUUUGGAGCACCAAUUCAUCAGCAUUUAUUUCAUGUAAAAGCCGAUCUGGAUAUUAAGGGUACAUCAAACAGAUUUGCAACAUUAGAUAUAGAUACAGAACAGAUUGUAAAUAAGUUCUCACAUGUUCCUAAUGAAAAACUAAUUCAACUCAAGUUUAAUACUUCUGUCAAAGAAACGGAAAAGGACGCAGCUUGCCGUUUUAAUUUCGAUACCCCAAAGUACCUAGUUAUGUACAACGAACAAAUCAAGGAUAAAUAUGGAAAUGUUAAAAGUUAUAGAAUUUUAAAUAAAGGCAUGACUUAUCAGUUAUUACCGGUAGGAUCUGGAAAUGAACCAAUAGCUAGUUGGGCACGUUACCAAAUGGCAGUCACCAAAUAUAACGAGUCUGAACGAACAAGUUCUUCUGUUUAUGGAACUUUAGAUAUUAAAGAACCAGUAGUAGAUUUCCAGAAAUACCUUGACAACAAUGAUUCUAUUUUAGAUGAAGAUUUAGUGGCCUGGAUUACUAUGGGGCAAUAUCACAUUCCACACACAGAAGAUCUUCCUGUCACAACAUCUCCCGGUAUGGAUGUCAGUUGUUUAUUCUUGCCUUAUAAUUAUUUCGCUGAAGAUGCAGCUAUCUCCUCUAAAAAUGCUGUACGCGUUGAGCCGAUACAAAGGUCAAGAAGAGGAUCAGCUGUAACAGUCGAGCGGUAUGGCGUGAAACGGGGGUCCAAUUGUCUUCCAGCUGAUCAUAACUAUGACGAACUAAUAAAGCAAUAUCCUACGUGGAUCAUCGAUAAUUGAAUGAUGAGAACAAAAAUGACACUGUUAUGUACCAUUUUCUAUGUUUAUAGAACUUCUUAUAUUUGCUGUUAUUGGUUUUUAAGAAAAUGAAUUAGUUUGGAAACUUGUAACAAAACUCAUCAAUGUUUGACACCUCGCCGCAAGGACAUUUCUGAUAAUAGGAUCGGAGGAAACUUUCAUAUGAAUAAUUAUAAUGAAAACACAGAAAACAUUUCAUGUAAAGAUAACAUUUUACUGUAAAUUUAGCAAACGACGAACACAUUAAGUCGUAGAAGCUUUGCGAAUAAAUCUUAGAGCUUUAAA